AUGUCGAGUCAGAACAGGGAUGGCAACAUCCCGCCUGACUACGCCUCUGAUUUUGAUUCUACGCGUCACCAGUCGCAGUUUGUGGAAAGUGACCCACAAACGCUGAAUCUCCCGAAAGUGAGACGUGAUGCUGGAUCCAGAACUGGAUCAAUCAACAGGGGCGAGGGUAGAAAAAUUACCCCAAACGCCGUUCCGGCAACCCCCAGAAUGCUAAGAAAUGCUAGCAAAUCGGCAUCCAUUACAAAUCAAGAUAGUUUGAGCCUAGCAGAUACUGCGGUUGAUGAGACUUCAGCUGCUGAGUGGACUCACAGAAGGCAACCUUCCUCCAAUAGUGGGCACACUGAGAUACCAGUACCGCAAGAUGACGCUGUGAAGAAGCUGUUGCCGGGAGUUUCGUUUGAAAAUUCCUCCAAACAUCAAGGACAGUUGAAUCAACGACCUGACAUUAGAACGCCCAAUAGACAGGCAUCUUUGGGCAGGAGGCCCAGUGGGUAUAGGCCAACUGGGUCUGCAUCAGCAUCCAAGGAUGGGUAUCAUGGUCAAACGACGCCCCAAACCCAGCAGCAGCAGCCUACACAGUCUCAGUCUCCACAAUUACAGCCACCGUCUCAACCGCAGCAACAGUUCCACAGAAGGUCAAUUGGCGACUGGGAGUUCACUAAAACCAUAGGUGCCGGGUCUAUGGGAAAAGUCAAGUUGGCGCGCCACAGAGUGACCAACGAGCUGUGUGCUGUGAAAGUGGUGCCAAGGGCAUCCAAGUUAUGGCAAAGACAGCAAAAAGACGCCCCUCCAACGUCCGAUCCACUUGAGAUGAAUAAACGCAGAAAGGAGUUGGAGAAGGAGAUUGCCAGAGAUAAGCGCACCAUCCGCGAAGGAGCUCUAGGGAGACUAAUGUACCACCCUUACAUCUGCAGGCUAUAUGAGAUGAUCCCCAUGACCAACCAUUACUACAUGUUGUUUGAGUACGUUUCAGGAGGCCAGAUGCUGGAUUACAUCGUGUCCCAUGGUUCUCUGAAAGAACGUCAUGCCAGAAAGUUUUCUCGUGGAAUAGCCUCGGCCUUGGAUUACUGUCACUCCAACAACAUUGUGCAUAGAGAUCUGAAGAUUGAGAAUAUCAUGAUCAACAAAAACGGAGAAAUCAAGCUGAUCGACUUUGGUCUUUCCAAUAUGUUUGACCGACUGAAGUUGUUGAAGACUUAUUGUGGUUCGUUGUACUUUGCUGCUCCCGAACUGCUAUCUGCCCAUCCAUAUCUGGGUCCUGAGGUUGAUGUUUGGUCAUUCGGGGUUGUUCUUUAUGUGCUGGUUUGCGGAAGAGUGCCGUUUGAUGACCAGAGUGUAAGUGCGCUGCACGAAAAGAUCAAAAGAGGCCAUGUUGAGUAUCCUGACCAUCUUUCCAAGGAGUGCAUCUCCAUAUUGUCCAAGAUGCUGGUGGUGGAUCCCGAGAAAAGAGCCACGUUGCGGAGCAUAAUGGCCCAUCCUUGGAUGGUUAAGGGAUUCGAAGGGCCUCCGAGCAGCUAUCUUCCCCGGAGAGUUCCACUUCAACUUCCUCUCGAUCCAGAGAUCAUUGGAGAGAUGUCCAAUCUGGAAUUUGGACCUCAGGAGCAGGUGAUCCAUGAUAUGACGGAGAUAUUGUCGAGUUCGCAUUAUCGGGCUUCGGUAGCGAUCUGGUUCCAGCAACAUCCGGAGCUGAAUGUCCAACCAGAGCCAGGACUGAAUCCUAUAACCAACUAUAUUGACCCAACGAGUGGUUACCAUCCGUUGAUAUCGAUAUACUACCUGGUUGACGAGAUGAAGCAGCGGAAACGCGCCAAGUUGGAGGCCAGCCGCAGUCAAGUCCAGCAGAUCCAAUCCUUGCAGGAUUAUAGGCAGAGACAAUCAGAACAGGAGAAACUGUAUCCAGGCGGGACUCCCUCCAAGUCAACGCACCAGAGAUCGUCCAGCCAAUUGCAGCAGCACAACACUCCUGUUAUUCCAUAUCCAAAGGCAGCCUAUGCUUCUCCUCACCAACAGCAGACACAGCAAAGGCCUCCUUCUUCACCCAUUGCCAACGACCACUCGCUUUUGGAAGCCAUGCCAGUUCAGCAGAGCUCGAAGUCGCAAUCUCCAUCUAGACAGCGUGCAAAAACAUAUACUGGGAUUGAACAGCAUCUUUCGGGAUCACCAAGUUCAACAACCGACUCUCCUUCAGGGAAGGCUGGUUUCAAUGCACUGUUCAGGAAGCUGAGUGCUCGCAGACCAUCGCGUGCAACUGCGCCUGCUCCAACCUUGGAAUCACCAACCGCUGAGGCACGCGAGCCAGUGCCACCAGUGGUCCAUCCGAUUCUUCCAGAGCUCAAUACCUCCGUCGAGGACGAGGAUGCUGCAUCGGUGCAUUCACAUACAAGCAGCGUUCGCAGAGUUGGUAGUGUCAAGGUCACUAAUAAAGAGAAACAACAAUUGCAGCAACAGGCUGAACUUCCUCCUUUGCCUGUGACAUCCAGACUCCAGAUCCAGCAACAUCAACGAGCCGUUUCAGCCCAGGUUUCUUCUCUUGACCAAGAGACCACUUCAACUGCCCAUACAACUACUCCAAAUACACACAAAAUGCAUCCGUCAGCUCGUGCAAAGUCCGUUGGUCAUGCAAGAAAGAAUUCUUUGACAUUCCCCAAGUUUGCAUACAAUUCGAAUGCUGAGCCUCAAGUUCCUGCUCUUCCAAACUCAUACAACGAUGAAGACUUCUUUGAUGAUGUCACUAUUGACGAGAAUGACUUCAAGAGUAAGGAUACCAACGCACAGAAAGAGCUCACUGAAGACCAGAUUAUCGCACAGUUUGAAAGGGCAUUGCCGGGCUCCAUGCCUUCCAUUGAGUAUCCAAAGACCCUGUUCCUCAAGGGCUUUUUCUCUGUGCAGACCACUUCGACCAAACCGUUGCCUAUUAUCAGAUACGAUAUCAUUAGCGUUCUCACCAAGCUUGGUGUAAGAUUCAAUGAGGUUCCUGGGGGAUUCGUUUGUAUCCACACACCAUCAAUUGAGCCUGACAGGACCUCUCCCAGCCUUCCCUCUGCCACGGUGGGAUCCAUUGAAGGUGUAAGUCCCACCAAGACAGACUCCAACGGCGAGGGUCUGAAAUCGUUGAAUAUCAACCAGACGUCUAACACGUCGUCUGGAUCUUCUGAAAAGAAGAAGGACGACUCUCUAAGUGCUUGGGAAACUUCGUUCUCACCAACAGUUACACCAGUUUCUACUCCAAACACCAAGACUCACAGAAGAAAGUUUUCUGUAGACAGCAGUCUGUUUGGAAGCCACAGAAAGAAGUCUGACAAAAUUGCCUCUUCCGUGGGAAAGGCUGACAGCUCCAUGCCAAUGACACCCGCUGGUGCAAAUGUCAGGCGCAGCUCUACGUCCUACUCUUACGAGAGUGGUGAAGAGUCCAUGGACUCGUUGCAUGAGGGUAGAGGAGGAAGUGACAUGCUCGUUUCCAGCAGAGUCGAGCAACAGACUCGUGUCGCUAGAUCUCCAAGUCUAUCGCAGAACCCCCAGGCCAUCAGUGCUGUUACUGAGGGCACUGACAAGGUAUCGAGAUCAAACACCAUUAAGGAAAGAACGCCUCUCAGGUUUGAGAUUCACAUAGUGAAGGUGCCGCUGGUUGGUUUGUACGGUGUUCAGUUCAAGAAAUUGACUGGAAAUACCUGGAUGUACAAGGCCCUUGCCGGUCAGAUAUUGAGUGAGCUCAAUCUUUGA